AUGUUGCGUGUGUAUGCACAUAGCAGGAAAAGAUAAGCCCUAUCUCUGCGCCGUUCUCCGCCGGGCCGUCUUAAACUUUUCGCUCGCUCGCUCGCUCGAAACCACAAGCGCCUGCCUUGAUCCAGAACCAGAUCGGUGGAGAGAGUACAGAGAAAAGAAGAGGCGGCGGCGAUGCAGACGGCGGCGGUGAUGUGGACGGCGGCGGUUGCAGCGGCGGGGCUGAUCUACUGGUUCGUGUGGGUGAUGGGGGCGGCGGAGGUGAAGGGGAAGAGGGCGGUGGAUCUGAAGAUGGGAUCGAUCACGGGGGACAAGGUCCAGGACAAGUACAAGCAGUACUGGUCCUUCUUCCGGCGCCCCAAGGAGACCGCCAUAGCCUCGUCGGAGAAGGUCCCGGCCUUCGUCGACACCUUCUACAACCUGGUAACCGACAUCUACGAGUGGGGCUGGGGACAGAGCUUCCACUUCUCCCCCUCCGUCCCCAGCCACUCCCACCGCGACGCCACCCGCCUCCACGAGGAGCGCGUCGCCGACCUCAUCAGCGCGCGCCCCGGCCAGCGCAUCGUCGACGUCGGCUGCGGCGUCGGCGGGCCCAUGCGCGCCAUCGCCGCCCGUUCCGGCGCCCAUGUCGUCGGCAUCACCAUCAACGAGUACCAGGUCGGCCGUGCCCGCGCCCACAACAAGAAGUCCGCCCUCGACGCCCUCUGCGAGGUCGUCCGCGGCAACUUCCUCCAGAUGCCCUUCCCGGAUUCCUCCUUCGACGGCGCCUACUCCAUCGAGGCCACCUGCCACGCCCCGCGCCUCGAGGACGUCUACGCCGAGAUCCACCGCGUCCUCAAGCCGGGAGCCCUCUACGUCUCCUACGAGUGGGUCACCACCGCGCUCUACCGCGCCGACGACCCGGACCACGUCGAGACCAUCCACGGGAUCGAGCGGGGGGACGCCCUCCCGGGCCUCCGCGCCCACGACGAGAUCGCCGCCAUCGCGCGGAAGGUCGGCUUCGAGGUGCUCGACGAAAGGGACCUCGCCCGGCCCCCGGCGGGGCCGUGGUGGACGCGCCUCAAAAUGGGGCGGAUCGCAUACUGGCGGAACCACCUCCUCGUCUCGGCGCUCGCCUUCCUCCGGAUCGCGCCCAAGGGCGUCGUCGACGUCCACGAGAUGCUCUACGAAACGGCAGGCCACCUCUGCCGCGGCGGCGAGACCGGUAUCUUCACCCCCAUGCAUAUGAUCCUCUGCCGCAAGCCUCUCCUCGCUCCAAAGGCGGAGGACGGGAACCCACAAGAAUCUUCUUCCCAGUCCCGCUAGUUGCAUCCUCUCUGUGGUAUUUCUUUUCUUUAUUUAUUUUGUUUUCGCUUUGCUGUCUGGGACCAUCUAUCUUGUGGUAUUAUGAGAACUAGAAUCACUAAUGGUGAAGGAAUUGGAGGUUAUUUUUUAUUUAUUUU